AUGAAGAACAUUUACAUUGUGGCUGGAUUUUUUAUAAUGCUGGUGCAAGGCAGCUGGCAGCAUUCCCUUCAGGACACAGAGGAGAAACCCAGAUCAUUCUCAGCUUCCCAGACAGACCUGCUGGAGGACCCUGAUCAGAUCAGUGAAGACAAACGCCAUUCACAGGGCACAUUCACCAGCGACUACAGCAAAUACCUGGACUCCCGCCGUGCCCAAGAUUUCGUGCAGUGGUUGAUGAACACCAAGAGGAACAGGAACAACAUUGCCAAACGUCAUGAUGAGUUUGAGAGGCAUGCUGAAGGGACCUUUACCAGCGAUGUGAGUUCUUACUUGGAGGGCCAGGCGGCAAAGGAAUUUAUUGCUUGGCUGGUGAAAGGCAGAGGAAGGCGAGACUUCCCAGAAGAAGUGAAGAUUGUUGAAGAAGGCCGCAGACAUGCUGAUGGCUCCUUCUCUGAUGAGAUGAACACGAUUCUCGAUACUCUUGCCACCAGGGACUUCAUCAAUUGGCUGAUUCAAACCAAAAUCACUGACAAGUAA